UGAGUGUGUUGCUUAGUGUUGGUCUGCAACGAUGUUCUUUAUCCAAAAGGAAUGGUUUGAUGUGUGAAUCUUACAUCUGAGGGUAGGUCUGUUUUUUCUUCGUGUGUUGUUUUUUAUUUUUAUUUUUAUUUUUUACUUCCUCUUCCCCUCCCAGAUAUUUCAUUUGCGAUUAAUUGGCAACAAUUCUGUUGAAGCUGGAAGCAGCGUCGAAGUGGAUUCGCCAUCAGAGACUCAACAUACUUUGUUGGAAAGUCAAUCUAAAAUGAACACUUCAGCAGAUCUAAAGAAGUACCAUGGCUUGUACAACCAUGGAGCAACGGAUUACUUGAACAGUGUGCUGCAGGUGUUGUUCAUGACCAGGGACUUCAGAGAAGCUGUACAAAGAUUGACCAACAACAAUCCGGAGUUCAUUGAUCGCCAUCUUAAAGACUUGUUUGAUGAUUUACGGAAAGGGACAGCACGUACAAAACAAAUACUGGAGACCCUGCACAUUCAGAGAGUGAAUGAACAGUGUGAUGCUGCAGAAUACCUUGAGAAGAUUUUAAGGCUGACCAGUCCUGAUGCAGCAAAGGUCUUCCACGGAGAGUUGUCCAACACCACCACCUGUUCUGAAUGUAGAGCGGAGAUGAACAGAGAUGGGAUGUUCUGGUAUCUUCCUCUUCCACUGGUGGAUUCCUGCAGUGGAGUCUACAGUGUGGAAGAUGGUCUUGAGGAGUUUUUCAAAACCUCAGAUCUGAAUGGAGAAAACCAGAUGUACUGUGAGCAGUGUGAUACUAAAGUCAAUGCUAAAAGGAAAAAUGUGUUAAAGCAUCAUCCAGAUGUUUUGAUUCUGCUGCUGAAGAGGUUUGACUUCAGCUACCGCUACAUGUCAUUUGUCAAAAUCAACAGUGAUGUGGAUGUUCCGUACACCGUAGAAGUGUCAGAGAAUCAGAAGUAUGAGCUAUAUGCAGUGGUGGAGCAUUUUGGUGACCUGAGAAGUGGACAUUACCUAUCAGCAAUCAAGGAUCAGGAUGAUGAAGACAAAUGGUUCUGCUUUAACGAUACCACAGUCACACAGAUUAACCCCCCUUUCCUGGAUGUGCAAUAUGUAAAAUCUAGAAGUGCCUAUCUUCUUUUUUACAGAAAGAAAGAAACUGGUGCACAAGAAAGCAUGGUCCCCACAAAUGGAGGUUCUCCAACUUCUGCCUGUGAGAACUAUAAUCGGAAGUCAUGAUGCAGAAACAGAAAGGAGGACACAGGAGCAUGAACAUGAAAAAGAAGUUAGUGUUGACACUGUGGCAGUUACAGAUACAAUCAGUGUUUCCAAAGAAAAUGAGUUGUCAUCUGACCACAAAUUUAAAACAUGUCAUCCAGAAGUCAAAGCCGAGCAGGUUGAUCCAGAGUUGUCUGACUAUUCCCCAGAAGGUCAUGUUAGAGAACAGGACAGAGAUAAGGGGAAAAUAAUGAGGGAUGAUCAAAAGGGAGAUGACAGAGUCCAGACAGAAUACAAAAGUCUACAUCCUAGUGGAGCUCAGCUUGAAGUCCAAGAUCCUGAAAAUUUAGAGAUUAAGGAGGUGAAACCAGAUGUAAAUCUUGUUUUUACAUCAGUCAGUGAAAGAUCUCCAGAAGAGCCUGUACGUUACAAACAAGGAGAGAUAAGAAAUGCCCAGAAGAAAGAACUUGGUGAAGAAACAGUUGAGAAUGAAGAGACAGACAAGAGUGAAAUACUAAUAAGCAGGCAAGCAAGGCAAGAGUCUAGCAAUGAUGGACAAAACAUUAAUGAAUAUUAUUGUGGUACUAAUAUUGGUGGAGAAGAUGAUGGCAUCAAACCUGUUAAUGCUGACAAAGAGGGAGAUGUGAGGAGGAUGCAAACAAACAUUAAAUAUGAUACAGAAGGAAAAAUUCAAGUUACAUCACAAAAAAGGCUCUUGACUAAAUAUGAUAUCUACUUGGUUCAAAUGCAAAUUUGUCAUAGACUCCAAAACAAACAAGAAGAUAAACAGAAACAUGAACAAGGCAAACGAGAAAAGGAGGAUGAGGGAAGGGUUGAUAUCAGAGGCCUUGAUCAUGAUGUUGGACAGAACAAAUCAGGCCAGAGGAACAGUGAAGGUGUAGAGAAACUCAACAAAAAACAGGGAAAUGAAGAAAAUACUGAUCUUUCUCAGACACAUUCAGGUUCAGAAAUAAGAGAAAGACAAACAUGGAGUCAGGGUGCAGGUAAUGAUGAGAACAUAAGGCAAGAUAGUUCUAAGCUAAAAGCAAGAAAUGAAUUGCAGGGAGUUACAGAUGGCCAUCAAAGUUCAAAACAGCCAGGAGAUGAAUGCAUUAUAGCGGAACGGCCUAGUGAGGCCCUCAGUGGUGGUAAAAGAAACAAAACCACAAAGAACACAGAAACUGCAGAGGAAACCUCACAAGCCACCACUGAAAAGCAUGAAAGGAAUAAUGAAGGAAACGUUAACGGGAAUUUUGAUAUAACAAACAACGUAAAAGCUAGUUCAUCUACAGCUGUCAGCAAUAUGAAGCUCAGAGAGUCACCUUUGAGAAAACAGGAGAACUACAGAACCAAAGGAGUCACUGAUGAACAAAUGGAAGCAGCUAGAAUUAUAAAUACUCUUAAAAAGAGAGGUUUAAAAAAGAGAUUACGUUGGGGCCACUCGGGACAACGAAGGCUAGCAGCUUACCGAGAAAGGAAAAGACUGCAUAUAAGAAAAUAUUUGGGUGUUUUUCUUUACCAAAAAGACAGAAGAGCAAGGAUCAGGAUUCAGAGACAUACUAAGAGGAAAUCUGCUCCAGUUUAAGACAAACUGUGCAUGUCAUUGUUGUGAUUCAAAAGAUAUGUAUUAGACUUAGUAUAACUGAUAUGACCAGUGCUUGAUAAAAUGAGAUUAGCAAUACAAAAGGCAGAAUAGUGAAUGUAAACUAGAAAAAGACCAUCAGUUUGCACAUAAGGAAAAACUGUAGAAGAAUACUUGAUUGCUCCUGAUAACAUUAAUAAUGAAGGAUCACUGAGAUUAAACAGAACGUUAAUGAUUAUUAAGUUGGUAAGAUUGAUUUUGGAUGGGAUGGUAAUUUGUCAGGACAGUUUAACAGCAAGUGGCAGAAAACAAAAUAUUCUGAAAUAUGGCAGUCAGGAAAGAAGUCAGGAAAUGGAAAGAGGAGACAUGGGAGACAAUCAUCAUGAUGUUGGACAAAACAAACUUGUGUAGUUUUUUUAUGUUUUAAUUAAAUUCUUUGCGUGUUUAUUUUUUCUGUAAUUUGCUGCGUUAAAUUACUUCAUUUGGGUAAAUAUUUUGCAUAGUUUUCUUCAAAGGAAUCUGCUGUUAAUUCAGAAUACUGCUUUCAUGCUGUUCAUAUUAUAAUCAAAGUCUUCUCUCUAUAUUCUUGUACAAUGUUUCUUUAUCUAUAAACAAAACGAAAAAUGUACCCCAGCAUUAGUAAUAUUACAGUUACUGGAAGCAAAGAUUAACAAAUGAGGUUAUUUUGUUCAGUAGUAAAGUGUUAAAAUUUGAGAAUGUGAUUAAUUAAAAGCAUCAAACAAG